CCUCCGCCGCGGGCCAUGGCCGACAGCGCCAGCGAGAGCGACACGGACGGCGCGGGCGGCCCGGGGGGCGGCGGCGGGCCCGGCGGGCCCGGGGGCGGCGGGGGCGCGGCCGCCAUGCCGCCGUCGUGCUCCCCGGGCGGCCCGGGCGGCGGCGGCGGCGGCGGCGGCGCGGGCGGCGGCGGCCCCGGGCCCGGCGGCGGCGGGAAGCCGGGCGGCAUUGUCAUCUCGCCGUUCCGCCUGGAGGAGCUCACCAACCGGCUGGCGUCGCUGCAGCAGGAGAACAAGGUGCUCAAGAUCGAGCUGGAGACGUACAAGCUCAAGUGCAAGGCGCUGCAGGAGGAGAACCGCGACCUGCGCAAGGCCAGCGUCACCAUCCAAGCCCGGGCCGAGCAAGAGGAGGAGUUCAUCAGUAACACCUUGUUCAAGAAGAUUCAGGCCUUGCAGAAGGAGAAAGAGACACUGGCUGUGAAUUACGAGAAGGAAGAAGAGUUCCUCACUAAUGAGCUCUCCAGAAAACUGAUGCAGCUGCAGCACGAGAAGGCAGAACUGGAGCAGCACCUAGAACAGGAGCAGGAAUUUCAAGUCAAUAAACUGAUGAAGAAGAUCAAGAAACUGGAGAACGACACCAUCUCAAAGCAGCUGACGCUGGAGCAGCUACGACGUGAGAAGAUCGACCUUGAAAACACGUUGGAGCAAGAGCAGGAGGCACUGGUCAAUCGUCUCUGGAAGAGGAUGGACAAACUGGAGGCUGAAAAACGCAUCUUGCAGGAGAAGCUGGACCAGCCCGUCUCUGCUCCACCGUCCCCUCGGGACAUCUCCAUGGAGAUCGACUCUCCAGAAAACAUGAUGCGGCACAUCCGGUUUUUAAAGAACGAAGUGGAGAGACUCAAGAAGCAGCUGCGAGCAGCACAGCUACAGCACUCAGAGAAGAUGGCCCAGUAUUUGGAGGAGGAGCGUCACAUGCGCGAAGAAAACCUGAGGCUUCAGAGAAAACUCCAGCGAGAAAUGGAGCGGAGAGAGGCCCUUUGUCGGCAGCUCUCGGAGAGCGAGUCCAGCUUGGAAAUGGACGACGAAAGGUAUUUUAACGAGAUGUCUGCCCAAGGAUUAAGACCUCGCACUGUGUCCAGCCCAAUCCCUUACACGCCUUCUCCCAGUUCAAGCAGGCCCAUCUCACCGGGUCUGUCAUACACAAGUCACACGGUUGGCUUCACACCACCAACAUCACUGACGCGAGCCGGAAUGUCUUACUACAACUCCCCUGGACUCCACGUGCAGCACAUGGGGGCUUCCCACGGUAUUACAAGGCCUUCACCGCGGAGAAGCAACAGUCCGGACAAAUUUAAACGCCCCACACCUCCGCCAUCUCCGAACACACAGACUCCCGUCCAGCCUGCACCGCCUCCGCCCCCACCACCCGUGCAGUCGCCCCUCCCGUCCGCCGCCUCGCCAUCUGCCUCUUCGCCACAUCCGGUGCACCCCCCCUCACAGCCCUAGUGCAUGCGCUGCAGCAGGUGGGCUGUCUGGAAGGCGGGGACUCAGGAGACGGAGCCGUUUAUGAAAAGCCGGAGGCUUCCCGGGCACUGGGGAUCUGAUUUACUGGCACUGUGGGUUUCUAGACUUCACUGUUAAUGGUGUUGUAAUUGUUGGUCCAGACGCAGCCAGCCUUGUGGGUCCACAACACUAACUCCUAGAACCACCACCUUUUGACAUCAGUGUUUACUUGAAUUUACGUGUAGGUCUAUUUUCUGGCUGGAACAUUUGCUCCUCGAUAUUUGGUAACUUGGCAGUGCACCAUUUGCUCGGCUCUAGAGCGCUUUUUUUUUUUUCUCCUGGCUUUUAGGUUGGUAAAAUAAAAGGGAGACCUAUUUGUCUUCCCUCUCCCCCUGCCCCAUGGCCAUUAGCAUAAAGAUGGUGGGUUCUGUGGCCCACGUCUUAGUAAUUUGUAAGAAAUGGUGUCUCCUGAGCAUCUGAAAGGACAAAAUUGAAUGUUGGCUUCAUCAGUGCCCAGUACACACCCAUUGAUAGGCCUUUUUUCAAGUUCACUGUUUGAUAUCCAUGCCUGCCCACCACGCUUACCUGUUGACGUUUGUCAUAAGCCAGUGGGCACAAUAUGUUGUUGGGCGAUUGUCACUUGUCCGGGUACACAGAAUGUAAGGUCCCUGGAGAUCAAGGUGGGGCUGUUUCAUUGUCCACCUCCCUGUAGGCUGUAAGCUGACCAGGCUAUUACUUCCAGCACAAUUCUGUACAAGUCGUGUCUCCCAAAUACCCCACCCCCAUCCCCCGCUGCGUCUUGGGAGAUCAAGUCAACGAUGCUGCCAAGUAUGCUUCCAUGGGUGGCCGUGUUGUGAGACUGUGGAGAGGCACUAGAUUUCCCUUGCUGUCCCCCACACCGUGUGCCCCCUUCCCCUGCCCGGCCACCGUCACCACCAGGUGAUUUCUUAAAACACAGUUUCAAGAAGCAGAUUCCUCUUAGAGACCAUGAUUGAGAACAGACAUUAUGGGAAUAUCGGCCUCGUCACCAAAAGAUAGCGUGAUGCUUGGUAGCAAGAGAAGAAGCAAGUGGGCAGCACCUGGAGAGCCUGAGGGAGGCUCACUGGACAAGCACAGGUGUGGGGUGUGUAAAGAAGGGAUCCUGAGGACCGUCCUCUCAGACCACCUUUUAGCAGCACAAGUAAGUGAUUCGGCUUCAUGACUCCCUGACGCAGAAAGCGAGGCGCCCUUCCUUCGUCCUAACAAAACGCCCCUUUGGGUUCGGCAACAGUUUCUGUUUUUGUACUUUGAUAGUGAAGUGAUCUUCCCCACCUGUGUUUGCAUAUUUCGAUAUGCCGUGGACAAAAACCUUACUUACUAGAGAAUGUAUAUUUUAUGAUGAGAAUGUGUAUCUAUUCUGUUGGAUAGAAUCAGAGAACUGAAAAAUAAUUUAUCAGUCAUUUUUUUUAAGAAUUCAUGUUUUGUGACCGAACCAUCUCGAAUGCCCCCCUUUUAUUGAACACAUACCUAAAAAAAAGGAACAUUGUAGAUAUUAAAUAUUGUGCAGUCAUGUAAACUUUCAUUUUUGCCUUUUAAUACCUAUUUAAAAGUUGACAGAAACUUACUGGAGUAGAGUCCUCAAUGAGUAAACUCUAGACAGGUAAAAACCACCAUAGGAUUUUUCUCCCCAUCCUGUUUCCAUACCAAAACAAGGAAACAUGGCUCUGGCUUCUAAGCAUUUCAGAAAAAAGUGAGUGUGUGUGUGUGUGUGUGCGUGUGCGCGCACGCACUAUAUACAUUUUGUAUUUAAUAAUGUGGGUGUAUUAUACAUUGUCAUUGUGUUUUCUUAAAAACAACAAUGCCCAGAAAUGGAUCAAGCAAUCAAGUUUCCGUAAAAGUUCACGACAGUUCCAGGGCCGACAACUCCGCCUGUUGUUGUGACGUCGUCUCAAACUGCGUAACUUCCUUAACGGUUAUGCCCCUCCCCCACCCCGUCCUCCCCCCUCCAGCUAAUUGAGUCAGCAGGUGAAAUCACUUCUGUACAUGCACUAGGGAUUCUCAGAGAUGGCCUUAGGAAAACAGGCACUAGCGUUCAAAAUCUCUCCUCCAGGAACAUCACAAAUGACAGCGUUGCUAGGGAGCAUAGCUUGCUUUUAGGAAACCCUCAUUGCCCUAUUCUCCCCAGUGACAGCACAAAAGCCAAAGCUUUGCGAGAGAAUGGAUGGGAUGAACAAAUGGUGAUUCUCUUGGGGGGUACAAAGAGACAUUGCAUAGACGUAUGGGAGUUACAGGCAAAAUUCUUCAAAAAUUCCAAUUUCUGCUCAAGCAAGCUGCCGCUUUGUUCCAAAACUGAAAACUAGAAUGACCCCCCCCCCCCAAAUGUAGCUGGCUCCCCCCCUCCCCUUCCCUACCCUGUGUGUACAGUAUCUGUGGGACAAACACUGCUAAUUGAUGUGUGAUAUAAUGGUCUCGAGAAGCACUCUCUGGCCCCCUUGUGUCAUGUUAUGGUAUCAGCACUGUAGCUGCUUGGGGCUGACCAUCCCAGGUGGCCUUCCUUCAGGCCCCUCCCCCCAAUUCAUAGGAUCAGGCAUGCUGAGCCAGAGAGGAGAAGAGAACUUGCCCGUGGGAAGCCUCUUGUCUUUCCUGCUCUUCGCCUCAUUGCCUGCCUCCCUGGCAUUUCUUUUGACAAAGGGUCUCAGCUGCUGCUGUUACUCGGGCGCUCCUGCGCUCAUCACUUCUCAGCUAAUGCUGUGACUUAACUGCUGUACCUAUUGAAAGUCAGCAGUGGUACCGGUAGAGCUAGUUUUCCCGCAGGCAACCUUUGGCAAAGGCGAGCAGAUCCUUGGUACUCGCCACACUGAGAGCGGAACCGUUGCCAUUAGAUCAAUGUAGUCAUCGCAUUUUUACAGACAGCAGAGAAGGGCCUAGCAGGUGUCAGCGUUCUGCAUUGCCUCCCUUUGCCGAAUUCCAGUGGCUUGGCAGAAGGCAGACAGUCUUCUAAGUUCUCAUGCCCCAUGCCAUCCUGUCGAGUUGGCGUUUAAAGUGUUGAGCCCAGAACAUAAUGACCAGCAACCAUGGAAUGUAUGUGUGACUGGAAUGUGACAUUGACCCCAAGUGCUAGCCCUCCAAAAAUAGUUGUGUCAAUUAUCGCUAAAUGUUGGUACACGACUGUAAGAGAUUAGAGGUUCUGUGUUGCACCUCCCCCCACCCCCCAUAGAUAGGAGAUUUUUCCCACUGGAAGCCUUGCUAGGAAAAGAAGCCUCAGGCACCAGAAGAGAAGACUAAUUUGUGCUUUGGGACAUCUCACUGUUUUUGCUUAGCAGUACAGAAAUCUCUGUGUGGCUUGAUCUUCUGGCCAGUAGUUGUCUUGUAGGUAACCAACAUUGAAAACGUCAUACCGAGGACUACCAAAGAAGUACAUAGCAAAAUGAUAGUUUAUUUCCAAAUGGUUAGUGAACCAGUCAUUAAAGCUGCUAUGUGAGUUCCAUGCUCAAGAGCCAUUAUAAAACAAAUUAAGGGAGUUAUGGGUUUUUUGUUUUUUUGUUUUUGUUUUUUUACAACAAAACAUGAAACACCACACACAGCUGUCAGCCUAAAGUCAUGGGGAACAUUUUCCCAGGUGCUUGGUGACUUUUGUAGUGAACUGCCAAGUCCAGACUGCCUCUCAUUAGGGAUGGAGAGAAUCUGAUGUUCCUAAGGGUGUGGGAGCUGUGUGUGCAUGUGUGUGUGCAUGCGUGGUGUCUGUGUGUGUCUGCGUGUUCAUUCAUGCCUUAACUCUGGUUACUGCUCAAAUUUAGUUCUCAGCUUAGUCUGCCUUGUCAGUUAGCUAGUAUUGUACUUCUCAAUCUGAACUUCAUCCUGGCCAAAUCCCCACCUCCCACUUCCCCCCAAAACAAAGUUUCAGGAACAGUAACUAAAGAACUGAUUUCUGAGAAAACUGUUUAAUCAGGUCAACCCCAAGUCUCCUUUGGAUUUUUAAGAAGUCAUAUAAAAGUGAGUUGGAGAAUUGGAAGGAAUUCACCGAGGAAAAGAGCAUGUCUUCUCACCUUCGACGUAUCAGUGCCCAGUGUCAGGGACUCCCCGUGGUUUGGCCCUACAGCUUGAGUAGGUUUGGAGGUGCAGUGGCAAUCUUGAUAUUCUUGCUUGGUCAGAGUUUAGAGAGAUGUAAGACCUCCAAUUAAUGUCUUCUUUGCUUCUUUGUGUUGAUUAGUCUUUGAUACAUGUGCUGAAUCAGAAACCUGAAUAAAGAUAAUUUUUUUAAAAUGGA